AUGAAUUUAGUACCACGUAUUAUUCCUGGUUCAUUAAGCAACGCAAAUAAAGAUGCUAUUGACUGGGGGUUUCACGGUCUCGUUGCAUACGGCUGUCAGUCGACAAUAGUGGUGAUCGAACCUCAUCAUUUUCAAAUUAUUCAAUGUAUGGAAAAACAUAAAGAGCCAAUCACAAAGGUAAAAUGGGCAGCGGAGAAUUAUUAUCAUAAUCAUGAUAAUCCAUAUAGUUUGAAAUUAGCUUCGGCGGAUACGAGCGGUAAUAUUCUUAUUUGGGAUGUUUACAAAGCGACAGUACAAAGUGAAUUUCAUGAAGGAAAACAGCCAGUAGCUGAUAUGUCUUGGUAUAUCGGUGAUAGUAAUCUUAUUUAUCAUCUUCUUGUUCUUCAUACACCUAAUCAAUUGGUAUUAUGGAAUUGUUUAAAUGGAACAAAAGUUUGGGGUGUAACAUACAGUGAUACAUUGUUGCAUAUUGCACAAGAUUUAUUCAAUGUUCAACGUUGUAUAUUACUUGGACAAAAUAGUAUAAUCCUUAUCGAAGAUCUAUCAUUAACCAAUAGUGCAAAUGGUCAAGCACGAAGAUUUUAUAUAUCGAACUCGAAUAAACAGCAAUCAACAACAGAUUUAAAACAGACACCGUCGUUGACAUCAUUAAAUGGAAUAUCAGCAGCACAAUUAACAACAAAAAUAAAAACAAUUAUUGAAGGAGAAAAUAAAAAGCAGGAUGAUUUAGCAUCUAUUGUCAGUUUAAACGAUUGUAUUCAAAUACUAUUUCAUCCAUUACAUCGUCAUCUAAUAUUAAUUGUAUAUCCGCGGGAAAUAUUGAUAUUUGAUCUGGAAAUAUGCCAGACAGUGGGAACGAUAUUAUGUGACAAACAUGUUGCUGCAUUUUAUAAAAUCUAUGCGUGUAAGCAGCGUGAUAUAAUUAUUUGUCUUCAUGAAAGUGGUACAAUAUCGAUAAGAAUUCGUCAUAUCGAGAAUAGUACAUUAGCAGCAUUACAGUCAACUCUAACUUCGUUGGCUGAUUUCGUUAUAGAUGUCACCUAUGAUUUGAUUUGUUUUUCUGAUGCAUUCCGUUUAUCAAAAAAUACAAAAAUUUGUUCUUUUGCUGUUUCACCAUCAAAUGAAACUACAAUUGGUGUUAUAUUAACUGAUGGAAGACUUUUACUUUGGACUACUGAUAAACUAAUAUUAAAAAAUGAAAAUUUGGACAUAAAUAACAAUCGAAUUCCAUUAUAUGGUUUGAUGUUUGCUGGCCCUUCUUCUUCAUGUGUCAUUCAAAUGUGUCCUCCAAUGACAAGUAAAAAUUGGCGACAUUGGCAAGCAUUAUUAGCGGUUGGCUGUAGCAACGGCGAUAUUGUUUUGUUCGACUUAAAUAGUGGUAUGAUUCAACGGCAAAUGUCCAUCCAUUCGUGUACCGUUCGAGGCGUUGUGUGGUUGUCAACAACAAUGCUGCUUUCGUGGGCUUACCAUAAUACAGAUGGACGUUCGUUAGUGAGAAAUGAAGUUUUUAUUGUAAAUAUUCAGUCAGAUGGAAUUACUCUUUUUUUUUAUCAACACGUGAUUGUUUAUAAUUUUAAGGAAUGGUCAACGAAUAUUGUUUCAAAAAAAAAAGCAACUGAUUCCAGUCAAAUGAACAACAGUGGAACAGAGUCUGAACUUGAAUUAACACGACGUCUAAGUGAUUCUUCAACAAUCGAUGCUGGUGAUAAACAACAAUCUAUUUUAUCGAGUCCACAGCGUGAACAUUUCAUAUUUACAGAUGAAUACAAUUUAUUGUAUCAUUUUUACGUUGAAGCACGUGUCAUUAAAGAGAUCGCUACAGUACCGCCAGACAGCUCAUCGGCAACCGUCACUGAUAUUGCUUUGAAAGGAGAUUUCAUGUUAUCAGGCGAUACUGAUGGUAUUUUGCAUAUUUGGAACAUCAAAGAGAAACAAACGAGAUCAUUUCCAACACGUCGUGGUUCAAUACGAAAAGUUCGUUUUGCUCCUGGAAAGGGCAAUUAUCGUGCAUUUGUUUUGUUUAACGAUGGUUUAGAUAUAUGGGAUUUAAAAGAUAAUGAUCGUAUUAGUUCAUUAAAAUAUCCUCGUGAUACUAUAUCAAUAAAUGAUUGUGAUUGGGCAUGUUCUGAUAAACCCAUUUUGGCCUGUUCUGAUUAUUGUUUUAGAAUUUAUGAAAUGAAUUUAGUUGAUUCAUCUACAUCGCUAGAAUUUCAGACUACUCAUCAAUCAUUUUUCUGUCCACAUUUUCUUCCAUCACGUACUACAUUUUUAUUAAAGCAAUUGUUAUGUAUUCAACCAUGGAAUAAUGAUAAUCAAAUAAUAUUUGAUUUUAAGACAAUUUGUGACGAUGGAGCAAUUGAAAAUUUAUUGAAUAAAGAAAUCACAAAGUUGGACAGCGAUGUAUGUAAAUAUUUGUCCAAUACCAAAUCAAUUGUCGAACGUUGUUCAUUUGUUGCAAAAUUAUUUAAUGAUCAAUGGGAAAUUCGUUUUUGGCGAUUAUGUGAAUAUUAUUUGUUUGUUUACGGAAAAUCACCUGAUGAUGAAUCGAUUCGUCCAUCUUCCUUACCUUUCUCAUACGAUUUAUUACUUGAUAAAACAACAUUUGAACAUAUUCAAUUAGAACGUGCUAUACGACAUGAUGUCAAAUGUACAACAAAACCAAUGAUUUCACAUUGUAUUAAUACAUAUUUAUAUUUAAAACAAAUUGAUCGUGCUGUUCAUCUUCUGUUGGAUACUGAUCCAGAUGAUACUGAUUAUGCAAUGAAUUGUAUUAAAGCUUGUCUUAUAACAAGUUUACAAAAUAAUUCAAAUAAUAGUACAUCAAAAAAUACAGUUACAAAAUUAGUAGCAACAAAUUUAAUAGCAAAUUCAAAAGUUGACGAAGGCAUACAACUAUUAUCUACAAUUGAUAUGUGUGCAGAAGCAUGUCGCUACUUACAAGAUCAUAAUCAAUGGGAUAAAGCGGCAUGGUUAGCCAAAGUAAGAUUGGGAAAUAAUGAAUAUAUUGAUGUUAUGAAACGAUGGGCAGAACAUUUAAGAAUUCAUUCAACAACACAACAGAUGACUGCAUCCUUGAUACUGAUAUCGUGUGGUCAAUUUCGUCGUGCUAUUGAAGUAUUGCAUGGUCAAAAUGCAUUUGAAUUAGCUGUUCGCCUUCUUAUGUGUUGUAAACAAUUUCAAAUCGAAGAUUGUUGUAAUGAAAAUAAUACAGAAUGGGAAAAUAAGUUAUAUGAUGAUUAUGCUAAUUAUAUGCAAUCAAAUGGAUUUUCAAUGGUGGCAAAAUAUUAUCGAACGAAAAUUUCAUCCUUUAGUAUUUUAGAUGACUCUUAA